AUGAAUAACAUUUUCACCUACGGUUCUAUAUCAGCUAUACCACUCUAUAACUGCAGUGCUCAUACUCCUGAAGAAUGGUCGGAACGAGAUGGAGUACGUCGUCCUUUGUAUGGAUUGGCCGAUAUGACUUACGGAAUGAUAUUUAACAUGCUCUAUGUUCCGAUCCUUGCCGUUCUUUUCGAGAAAGAGCACAUUCGAAUGUCAUGCUUUAAAAUCAUGAUCUUUCUCGCUUCCGUUGAUAUGCUUGCUCUCUGGGUCAACUCAAUCAUUACUGGAUUUCUUGCUUAUCAGGGGGCGGUAUACUGUACUUAUCCAAAUUUGAUCUACAUUGCUGGAAUGGCUGGAUUGGGUCUCUGGUGUUGUUCGUGUGUCAUUGCAAUGAGUUUGGUGUUGAAUCGUCUUCUAGAUUUAACAAAACCAGAGUUGGGAAGUUUUCUCUUCGAGGGAAACCGGACUUAUUUCAUGCUGAGUUUCUCCAUUGUUUACGGAAUGUACUUUGUGAUUUUCACACCGCCUAUUGCUUUUUCCUCGAAGUACCAUACCUGGUUCUUUGAUCCACUUAUUUUUGUGAACAGAACAGAAGAGUACGCCAACAUUCCUCAUGGUUUCAAUAAUAUCCUUGUCGUCAGUGUAACAUGCCUUCUCUAUGUUUCUUUCUGUUUCGUUCUCGGCCAGAAAUUCAAACAAGCAUCUGAUGGAAACACAUCUAAAUCCAGCAAAAUGAGCACUCAGAUUUUCCUCCAAUCUGCUUUGAUUUGUGCAAUCAAUCAAAUUGCUUCAAUUAUCUACGUCAUCAUGAAUUUCAUUGAUGUCCCGUUUUGGUUGAUUAUUGUCGGACACAGUAUGUGGCAAUUCGGGCACGGAGCCCCUGCUCUCAUUUAUCUUGGGUUGAAUCGAACGAUCAGAAAUGGAUUAUUGAGAAAGAUUGGAUUGAAGAAACAGAAAGUGGGAUCUGCUGUGAAUCGCGACUCCAACAGUGCUGCUUUCACCAAAACCAAUUGA